AUGGAUCAAGUUAUGCAAGGUAAUGAAAUGGGGGAUGAUUCAUCGAUAUAUUUGGACAACUCGAGGGCUAAUUGGACUCCAUCUCAAGACCGAUAUUUUCUCGAGCUUUUGCUGUCCCAUGUUCGCUUAGGCAACAAAACGGGCAAAGUUUUUACGAGAUUAGCCUGGGUGGACAUGACUGAACAAUUUAAUAACAAAUUUGGGUUCAAGUAUGAUAUGGAUGUGUUGAAGAACCGUUACAAGCGAUUCAAGAAGCAAUACUAUGAAAUAAAAGCGAUGGUUAAUCAAAAUGGAUUCCAAUGGGACGGGACACUAAACAUGAUCACUGCUAAUGAUAAAACAUGGGAAGAGUAUAUUAAGGCCCACCCUGAUGCUCAAGUUUUCAGAAAAAAAGUUGCUCCGUGUUAUAAUGAUCUGUGCAUAAUCUAUGGUCACGCAGUUGCUGAUGGGAGAUACAGCCUUUCAUGUUUUGACGAAGGUUUUGAAUACGAAGAAAAUGCUUCAAAAGAACGGGAUGACCACACUAGCACCGGUAAGGGAGUGGAUGAUCAGACUCCCCUUACUCAUAGUCAAAGUAAAAUAGACUGGUCUCCAAUGAUGGACCGAGUUUUUAUUGAACUUAUGUUGGACCAGGUGCGUAAAGGGAACAAGGUUGGUCGUACAUUCACGAGGCAAACAUGGGGAGACAUGGCAGAGUCAUUUAAUGAUAGAUUUGGAUGUCAUUACGGUAAGGUUGUGUUGAAAAACCGUUUCAAUGUCCUAAGGAGGCAUUAUUCAUCUAUAAAUGCCCUCCUUGGCAAAGAAGGUUUAAGUUGGGACAAGACACAACACAAGGUUGUCGCUGAUGACCAAACUUGGCAAAAAUGCAUCAGGGUAAAUCACAAGUUCCGGCUUUACAGAAUUAAAAGCAUGCCUUUUUAUUCUGGCAUGUGCAUUGUAUGUCGCGAUGAAGCUCCUGCAGAUUGCAAGUCAAAUCUUGAAAAGAAAUCUCAUGGCGACAAGAACUCUGUCCCAGACCCUAAUGCAUCAAUGCAUAUAGGUGGUGAAAAUGAUUUUACCGUGGAUACUCAGCCUCUCCCUUACACAGCAUUGCAUACAAAUAAUGAAAGUAAUUUUGCCAAAGAUACACAACCUCUUCCUGAUGCAGCAUUCCAUGUAGGUGGCGAAAAUAAUAUGACUGGGGAUACUAUUUCUCAGUCUCUCCCUUAUGCAACAUUACAUAUAGACGGUGAAAAUAAUUUAAUCAGAGAUAUUCCGCCACCCUCUAACCCAACUUUGAAUCUAGGCAGCGGAAACAAUUUUACCAGAGAUACCGUUAUUCAGCCUUUCCAUAAUGCAGCAUUGCAUGUAGGUGGUGAAAAUAGUUUUAGCAGAGAUAACAUUGUGCAGCCUCUCCCUAAUGAAACAUUGCAUAUCGAUGGUGAAAACUAUUUUACUGGAGAUACUAUUACUCAGCCUCCCCAUAAUGCAAUAUUGCAAAUAGGCGUUGAAAGUAAUUUUACCAGAGAAGCUCAGCCUCGCGCUAAUGAAGAUAAUGAAGGCGGUGAAAGGAACUCUACCAGAAAAACUCAGCCUCUCGCUAAUGCAGAUGAUGAAGACGGUGAAAGGAACUCUACCAGAAAAACUCAGCCUCCGAUGAAUACUGAUAAUGAAGGCGGUGAAAGGAACUCUACCCGAAAAACACAGCCUCUGACGAACGCAGAUAACGAGGGUGGUGAAAGAAACUCUACCAGAAAAAUUCAGCCUCUGAUGAAUGCAGAUAAAGAAGGUGGUGAAAGGAACUCUACCAGGAAAACUCAGCCUCCGACAAAUCCAGAUAAAGAACUGUUGCUUACAAGUGUUGGAAAAAAUGUUACUACUCCGAAAAAAAGACAUCAAACUAAAACCUCCCCAGCCUUGAAUGUACCUAAGAAAGCAAGAAACAACUAUAACGAAGGCAUGUCAGUUGCCUUGAAACAUAUGGCAGUUGCAGUUACAUCACUAACCAAAAAAACUAAGAAAGAAGAUAAUUUUUCUGUUGGCAAUGUUAUGACAGUGCUUCAGGCUAUACCGGACUUGGACGACGAACUGAUACUAGACGCAUGUGAUUUUUUGGAAGACGAAAAAAGAGCAAGGAUGUUUCUGGCGUUGGAUUCUAAUUUGAGGAAGAAAUGGUUAUUAAGAAAGCUUCGUUCAUAA